CGUAGGUGGAGCGCCGGGCCAAAGCGGGUUGGAGGAGCUGCAGUCAUGGCGGGGCUGGUGGACUUCCAAGACGCGGAGCAGGUAAAGUCAUUUUUGGAGAACAUGGAGGUGGAGUGCAACUACCAGUGCUACCACGAGAAGGACCCGGAAGGUUGCUAUCGGCUGGUGGACUAUUUAGAAGGGAUCCAGAAGAAUUUUUAUGAGGCUGCAAAGGUGUUGAAGUUCAACUGUGAAGAGAACAAGCACAGUGAUAGCUGCUACAAACUGGGGGCCUACUAUGUGACUGGAAAAGGUGGAUUAGCUCAGGACCUGAAAGCUGCCUCGAGCUGCUUUUUGAUGGCAUGUGAGAAGCCUGGAAAGAAGUCUGUGGAAGCAUGUCACAAUGUCGGUCUCCUGGCACAUGAUGGCCAGGUCAAUGAAGAUGGCCAGCCCGACCUGGGGAAGGCCAGGGACUACUACACAAGGGCCUGUGAUGGCAACUAUGCCUCCAGUUGCUUCAACCUUAGUGCCAUGUUUCUGCAGGGUGCCCCUGGCGUUCCCAAGGAUAUGGGCCUGGCAUGUGAAUACUCAAUGAAAGCCUGUGACCUGGGCCAUGUUUGGGCCUGUGCCAAUGCUAGCCGCAUGUAUAAAAUGGGGGAUGGUGUUGAUAAGGAUGAGGCCAAGGCAGAGAUGCUAAAAAAUCGGGCCCAACAGCUGCACAAAGAGCAGCAGAAAAGUGUACAGCCCUUAACAUUUGGGUAAUGUGGCCAAUGUUAAGGGCUGUACAAGCAUCAAGCAGCUUGAGGCUGGCACCUUCUAUUUCUGAGACCUGAUGCAGCCCUUAAAGGUCAACCUGCUGGAGCAGGAGAACUUGGGACUUAAUAUCAGUAGCUCUGGUUACAUAAAUCCAUUUGCUCCUGAGUGUCACCUACUGGGAUGUGGCCUGCAGUGAGUGUGUUCUGUCAGUUAUCUUUUAUGUGGCUGUGUUCUGUGAACACUCCCACAUUUAUGGGGUCUUUUCAAACUUUUGGAGCUCUGUGAAAAAUAGGAGCCAACUAGAGAGCCAUAAAGAUUUGUGUGAGGGAUUGGAGGGCAGAAUACCAGGAAGUCAAAAAUCAGCAGCCAGAGGGCCUGAAGGAAUCAGCUGCUAUCAUCAUCAUCCUCCUCAUCAUGCUCAUUUUAGUUGGGGGGGGGGCUUGAAAAUCAGAGUGUCUUGAUUUACAUAAUAGAGGUCUUAAGGAGCUAAGAAAAGUUAAACAGUCACGACUGCCACCCUCUGACUUAUGUAAUCGUUGGUGUGGGCUUUUUGCUUUCAGAUUCAGAUCUUUCAAGAAGUUAAUAUAGAUUAGGAAAGCCUUGCAGCAUGAAGGUUAAAGGCUCAUGUUUUUAAUGAUGAAACGGAAGCCCGCCUUCCCCUAGAAGAAACAUUCACAGUUAAAACCUCCCUGGACACUCACCUCAUGGAGAUUAUGCUGAAGACAUUCCCAGAGCAAUUCCAGCUAGUAAUUCGCAAACAAAGACUUUGUGACAUAUUUUGCCUACUGAUACUGAGCCUUUUUCACUGUUCCUGUGAAUAAACUAUUUUGAUUGAUUUGUA